AUGCGUACGAUAGUGAUUGCGUUUCUUCUCAAGGCUAUUGCCAGCUUGAUGACCGCUUCUGUUUGCGCCCAAGCCCUCACUCCCAACCGUUACGACUUUGUGAUCAUUGGAGGAGGCACAUGCGACUUAACGGUGGCAAGUAGACUCUCCGAAAUACCAGAUGUCACAGUAGCCGUAAUUGAGGCAGGGAAGGACGAGCAUAACAAUCCGAACGUGACGAGUGUGGUUGGAUUCGGCCGCGGGUUCAAUACACCCAUCGACUGGCAAUACCAAACGACAAGCCAGGCAAAUGCCGGCGAUCGAGAGCUCAAAUAUCAUGCUGGUAAAGGGCUGGGUGGAACCAGGAUCAUAAAUGGUUGGAACUGGAACAACUUGUAUCCUUACUAUUUGAGAAGCCAGGGAUUCCAGACCCCUACACCGGUGCAGUUUGCAGUGGGAGCCUCGUACGUGGAUUCAUAUCAUGGUAGGGAAGGUGCACCUAAAGUCGGUUACCCCUAUGAGCUGGUAAAUGGAUCUUUUGCUUCAACAGGAAAAGAAACAUGGCUGGAGAUGGGGAUACUUUUGAAUCCCGACGUCAACGGGGGUCAGUUGCGGGGGUUCUAUGUGUGGCCGCAAACUCUUGACCGCAGGAUCGACAUCCGCGAAGAUGCGGCCAGAGCCUAUUACUACCCAGUGCAGGGUGCUGGGAAAGUAUCCGUGAAACUCCCGUUGCGUUCUGUCGGGGAGAUCACUUAUAUUUUCUUCUAA